AUGAAUUUAAUAGCAAAUGAGUCUAUAUUCGGGUCAGUUACACAAAUCAAUGAAACCCUAUACACAGUUUGUUCUGCUGCUCCACCCAAUAUUGUUUCAGAUGGCUUAUGGGGUGGCCAAAUUAAUGGCAGGGUCCCAAUGAAGUCUUCGUUCCCCUUAUUUGAAUUGCAAAUGCUUGUAAUUUUUGCUGUCACCCAAAUCUGCCAAUUCUUCCUAAAGUAUUUGAACUUCCCUCUAUUUAUUUCACAAAUGAUGGCUGGGCUAAUUCUGGGGCCUUCUAUUCAGCACGAGACACUGGACAAAUACAAGAAGAUGUUGUUUCCGUUUGGAAGUCAAGACACACUUGCAACAAUAACAUCAAUUGGUUAUGCACUUUUCCAUUUUACAAACGCUGUACAAAUGGAUAUGUCCAUGAUAACCAAGACAGGACGCAGGGCAUGGAGCGUUGCAAUCAUUGGAUUUUUGGCACCGUUAAUUGUUUGUUUUCCAAUUGCAGAAAAAAUGAUUCCAUACUUAAGGGAUCAAAUUGGAGAACAAGCCGUGGAUGUUCCUGUUGUUGUGGUAGCACAUACUGGAGUUAAGUUUGCAGUCAUUGCUUCUCUCCUCAACGAACUUAAAAUCUUAAACUCUGGAAUUGGGAGAUUGGCAUUAUCCUCUGCAUUGGUGACUGACAUAUUGAGCAUAAUUAUGGGAAUUAUUAGCACUCUCAUAGUGAAGAAAGCUGGACCAAUAGAAAUAUUAGUACAGGUGAUGCCAGUGAUUGCAUUCUGUAUCAUUGUUCCAUUAGUUUGUAGGCCAGCAAUGUUUUGGAUCAUAAAAAAUACUCCAGAAGGAAGACCUGUGGCUGAUGGUUACAUAUAUGUUAUCAUCAUAAUGGUCUUUGCUUUAGGUUGGGUUGCAGUUCAAAUAAAUCAAGGUUUCGAAUUAGCAGCUUUUCUCUUGGGGUUGGCUGUGCCAGAAGGACCUCCAUUAGGAUCUGCAUUGGUUAAGAAGCUUCAAUUCUUUGGUACAAGUUUGUUUCUGCCAAUAUUUGUGACUUGCGGUGUGUUGAAGGCAGAUUUUUCCUUGGUGUAUUCAUCAAAAUCAAUAAUGAUUAUUGGUUUCUUCAUUGCUCUUACCUACCUCAUCAAAAUAAUAGCAUGUGUUUUACCUGCCCUAUACAGCAAGAUGCCCUUGAAAGAUGCCUUGGCUCUUGGCUUCAUUAUGAGCAGCAAAGGCGUGGUGGAAGUUGGCAUCUUCAGUAGCAUGUAUGACGAAAAGGUUAUUAAUGGCCAAACUUAUGGAAUGAUGAUAAUCAUCAUAAUGAUCAUAGGCAUCAUAGUGAAAUGGUCUGUGAAAUGUUUGUACGAUCCAUCAAGAAAAUAUGCUGGCUACCGAAAAAGGAAUAUCACGAGUUUAAAACCGGACUCAGAGCUGAGAAUACUUGCUUGUGUUCAUAAAAACUUUCAUAUAAAUGCUAUAAGAGAUGCUCUUGACAUUUGUUGUCCAACAACAGAAUACCCUAUAAUUGUGGAUGCAUUGCAUCUGAUAGAGCUAAUUGGAAGGACUUCUCCCAUUUUCAUUUCCCAUCGUAAUCAAAAAAAUAUUUCAGAUUCCCAAAGGUCUUACUCAGAUGAUCUCAUUCUUGCUUUUAACCUCUACGAACAUGACAAUAUAGGUGCAGUAACUGCACACACUUACACAGCCAUAUCUCCACCAACCUUGAUGUCUGAAGAUGUUUGUCAGCUUGCAUUGGACAAAGUUGCAUCCCUUAUAAUUCUUCCAUUCCAUCAAAGAUGGUCUAAAGAUGGUGGUAUUGAAUCUGAUGACAAGAACAUAAGGUCCUUAAAUUGUAAGGUCAUAGAAAUGGCUCCAUGCUCAGUUGGAAUCCUUGUGAGCCGUUCUUCCUUUAACAGUGACUCAUAUAUUCGGUUAGCCAUGAUAUUCUUGGGUGGAAAAGAUGACAGAGAGGCUUUGUGCUUAGCCAAACGAGCAAUAAGGAACACAAGGAUAAACUUAGUUGUGUACCACCUUGCUAUUGAAGAUUUCUUAAUAGACUUGGAUUACAUAAAAGAUACACAUGCGCUAGAAGGGAUUUCUGGCUUGGAAAGAGUAAGUUAUAUAAAAGUGAUGGUAAAUAAUGGACCAGAGACUUCUGCUGCUCUACGUGAUAUAGCAAAUGAACAUGACUUUUUCAUAGUUGGGAGAAGACAUCAAUCAGGCUUGACGCAGAUAAAAGGACUUUCAGAUUGGAGUGAAUUUCCAGAGUUAGGUGUCAUUGGUGAUGUGCUUGCUUCAACAGAUUUUCAGAGUCGUGCAUGUGUUUUAGUAGUUCAGCAUCAAGGCAAAGACUAG